AUGACGUUUCGGGAGUUUCCGAUCGAGAACUUCCAAGGUUAUAGCUCCGGCUACUCCCACUCUCUCUUCUACCACAUACUUGACCUUGAGCUUGAGUUCAGUUAAUGACACCCACUGUGUGUCCAUCAGCUCGCUUGGCAUUUGACUCGUUUCUCCGUGUCCGAGUCUUUCCCCGCCAACCCCGCCAACUCCGCCUUCACUUUCGACUUUCCUCAUCUGUGAACAAUUUCAAUCAGCGCGCAAGAAUGGACCACGAGUCUCAGAGUGAUACCCGCCGUCCGAAGAAGCUCAUCUUCGCACCAGGGGACAUACCCCCGACCCCAGGCCUAAAAGCCAGCACAAUUUCACAGCCCCAAUUCCAAGACCAAGAUGAACCCACAACCCCAGACCUGCGCAGCGCAACCUCCACCCCAACCUCAACAACGGAAACGCAAAUCCUCUCCAAUCCGUCCCGUGCCCACCAAUUCACAACAAACCCACCCUUAACAAUCUCCCAAAUCCACAAUACAAACCCCCUCCACCAAUUCCACACCUGGUUCCGCGACCCGCGCCUGGUAGCAUCCUCCGCGCCAGAAACAUGCACAUUGGCCACGGCAUCCAUGCCCUCCGGCCGCGUCAGUGCCCGAGUCGUUUACCUCAAGGAACUGGAUGAGCGCGGCUGGGUCGUGUAUAGUAACUGGGGAAGUCGCGAGGGGAAAGGGGGACAAGUAUUCGGCACUGGAAACGGAGAGGGAAACGAUGACACAUUGGCCGCAAUGCCAGAACCAGACUCGAUCCAGCAGGAAAUCGGAGUAGGCAACAAAUGGGGCGCGCUGACAUUCUGUUGGUUGAAUGUCGAGCGUCAAGUCCGCGUUGAGGGACUACUCGAACCGCUUAGUCGGGAGGAGAGCGAGUUGUAUUGGCGGACGCGCGAGAGGGGCAGUCAGAUUGGUGGCUGGGCGAGUUGGCAAAGCCGUGUGCUUUGGGAGGCUAAUCCGGAGAUGUUAACUGAGCGGCAGAGGAGAAAGAGUGUUGCGGUCUUGCAGGAGGGGGUUGCUGGGAUUGUUCCGGUUGAUAUUGAGGAGACGGAUAUUGAAGAUGGGAGGGCUUUGCUUGAGGCGAGGGUUAGGGAGAUGGAGGCCAGGUUUGAGGGGGUCAAGGAAAUUCCGUUGCCACCUUUCUGGGGCGGUGUUAGGCUUGUUCCUGAGUCUGUGGAGUUUUGGCAGGGGAGAAGGAGUCGCUUGCAUGAUCGGUUUAGAUAUGUUCGUGUUGGGGGUGAACAGGGCGAGGGCGCGAGGUGGAGGCCUUGGCACAAACCCAACGUCACUCAAACACCAAGACCCCCGAUAUCCUCCUAUAUAACCCAAUCCAACAAGAACGCGGCAAUACGACUGUCCCAGGACAGAGACAACGACUCAAUGUCUUCCCCAGCACCCCCAAAACAAUCCUCCACAUCCCCAUGGAUCAUCCUCGCUAUAACAAGCGGAACCUUCGCCGCGCUCAACGGCGUUUUCGCGAAAUUAACAACAGAUAACCACACAACAUCAUUCGCAACAUCCAUCGCCCACCUCCUCGGAAUGGAGUCUUCGCCUUUUAUCGAGAUGCUUGUUCGGGGUGCAUGCCUAGGCCUAAACAUCCUCUGCAACAUAAUAAUGUGGGCCCUCUUCACACGAGCACUAACAGCCGGACCGUCAACGACAAAAGUCUCCAUUACGAAUACGGCGAGUAAUUUCUUGGCAACGGCAUUGCUGGGCAUGCUUGUUUUUCGGGAAGCUGUGGGCGGGCUUUGGUGGGUUGGGGCUGGGAUGAUGGGGGCUGGGUGUAUUCUUGUCGGGAUGAGGGAGGGGGCGUGAAUAUGAAUAUACUGUUAUUUGGUUUGAUGGAUGGAUGGAUGGAGCUUUGAAGUGGAUUGAGUUUGGAUAGUUUAUGUAAGUUAGAGUAAUAAUUGAGAGAGUUUGGUUUAUUUUUG